AUGAAGAGAUACAUAGGCCAUGCCUCAAAAAUCGAGGAAAUCAAGGGCUUUUUGCUCACGGCCAGGCGAAAGGACGCCAAAUCCGUCAAGAUCAAGAAAAAUAAGGAUAAUGUGAAGUUUAAAGUUCAGUGCAGCAGAUACGUUUACACCCUGGUCAUCACGGACAAGGAGAAGGCAGAGAAACCGAAGCAGUCCCUGCCUCCAGGUUUGGCAGUGAAGGAGCUGGAGUGA